AUGAACUCAUGUUACUUAACGAUUGAUGACAUUCUUGAGGGUAUAAAUAAUCCUGAUGAAAGUGAUUUUUCUGAACUUGGUGAUGAGGAUGAUGAUGGAAUUCCGACCAAUGAGAUGUUGCGAGUGUCAGCUGUUUUCGAUUCAGUAAAUCCUGAGUAUGUUCCAGAAGAUACAGAGUUCUGGAGGGUCGAUGAUGACUUUACUCCAGAAAUUCAUCCAUUUGUGCAGCUUCCAGAAGACGAACAUGAAGAAGUGCUCGCCCUUUUGCAGUACUUCAGAUCUUUUGUGACAUGUGAAAUGCUGGAACUCUGUAUUAAACAAACUAAUAUUUAUCGUAUUCAGAAACUGGGCACUACUAUUGACAUUGCCCUAGCUGAGAUGGAGCAGCUUUUAGGUAUUUAUUUGCGUAUAGGCUUGGCUCAAAGCCACUUCCAGAAAUUAGUAGAUUUGUUGCAUUUCCAGGACAUACAGAAAGAAGAUAAGCUACAGAAAAUUCGACCUUGGCUUACUUUGUUCUCACAAACUUGCCUGAGAAAAGUGCCUGAGCAAAAUCAGUAUGUUGACGAAAUAAUGAUCCCUUUCAAACGAUGCAGUAGUCUUCAACAGUAUAAACAAAAGAAGUCAACACAGUUGGGAUUCAAAAUGUGGGCUAGAGGUUGUUCCUCAGGGUAUUUGUAUGAUUUUGACGUUUACAAAGGUGCAGCUUCUAAGGCAACAAGGCAUGUCACUGGAAAAGGUCUUGGUUACAAUGUUGUGAUGAAGCUAACUGCAGUAUUGGAAGAAAAUCCCUUUUUUAGGGUUUACGCAGACAAUUUCUUCACAUCGUAA